UCGUCGAGGUGUAGAGACUUUAGUGUUUACUUGACGUUCCCGCAGUGUACGUUCCUCGCUCUCUCACUCACAUACCUCUCGGUUUCCUCUGCUACGGAAACAGACUCCCCGGUUAUCGUUGGGAAAUUUGCAAACCAGAUCUUAGACCGUGGAAAUAAGGCCAGCUCGACGGGUCUGUGGCACGAGAAUACGUUACCUGACAUCUGAAACAGGUACAUUUCAGGAGUCCCCAUUUGUUAUUUACAACCCAGCCAUGGGAAGCACAGAGGAGAUAACAAAAAUGAGGUCUGUCAAGAAGAAAUUGGAUAUGGAGGGUGAAGAAUCAGAUUCUUCAAAGUCAAAGGGAACAUCAGGUGAUGCAAGUCCAGACCCCUUGGAACAUGGAAUUGAUGAUGACUUGAAGCCACUAGCAGAGGGAGAGGCCAAGAUCUCUAAAAGUGACACAGAGAGUGACAAUGAGAGUGAGAAAGGGGCCUGCAAACCAAGAGAUAAGUCUUCUGAGGGGAUAGAUGUUCAAGGUGCCCGCUUCCGAAAUGACAGUGAGAGCUCAUCGGAAAGUGGCAAAUCUCCAAGUUCAGAGCGCAUGAAGAGGCAACGGACUGUAAGUGGCUCCUCCCCGGUUCAAAACUUCAUCUUCCCAGGCGUUGCAGCAUCUCCUCCUAAAUUCAUGUCCUUAGAGGAAGUCAUGAAAGCAGCAAAGGGAGUCAGCAACAUGGUACUCGCACAUGAGAUUGCCGUAGACAAGAAUUUCAAGCUGGAGAAGUUUGAACCUCCAGAUAACAGCGUUGAGAAGCAGGUUCGUGAUGUCAUGCACAAAGCCUUCUGGGACCAGUUAGCAGAACAGCUAGCCCAGGAACCUCAAUGCUAUGAACAGGCUUUGAUAUUGCUCCAGGAAGUCCGGGACAACCUUUUAGACAUCACCCUUCCUCACCACACUCGUUUGCGACAGGAAAUCUCAGACACCUUGGAUGUUGAUUUGAUCAAACAGCAGGCAGAGCAUGGUGUAUUAGAUUUUAGUCAGUAUUCACAGUAUGUACUUUCCAUUAUGGCUCGCCUCUGUGCUCCUGUUCGGGAUGAAACUAUCCGUAACCUUAUGAGAGAAACAGAAAUUGUGACGGUGUUUCGUGGCGUGAUGGAGACUCUAGACUUAAUGCGUCUUGAUAUGGCAAACUUCACCAUUCAGCAAAUCAGGCCUCACAUCAUUGCACAGAGUGUAACUUAUGAGAAGAAGAAAUUUGCUGAGUUCCUCAAGACACAAAAUGAUGGCCUGGAGUUGACGAGAGAUUGGCUUAUAAACCAUGUUAGAGAAGACGACAUUGAAGGGGCAGAUGAACUUUCGAUGAGAGGAAUAGUAGGAUCGGUCAUCAGUCGAGCUUACUUGGAACUCCUGUCAUGGUCGGAUGAGAAACUGUUACCAGAGACUGUGGUAAUGGAUGGUGGCAGAAUCUUCGAGCUUCGUGACCGCCUAAGCCAAGUUUGCAUCCUAGGUUCAGUGUUGCUGGUCACAAUGUCCUCAGUGGGACCCAUGAUCACUCAAGCAGAUGCCUUCAAGCUCAAACUAAAACGAAAUCUCUGCAUCAUUCUCGAUCCAGCUCUGUCAGAUAGUGAGACCAUGGCACUGAUGGAAAAUAUUGCCGAACAAGUGGUAAAAGAGGUUGAAGAUCACCUGAGUGAAAACGAGAAGCCACCUCUUCCGACAUCAGCAAAGGUUGCUCUAAAGUCACAAGUCCUUGAGAUUAAGAGCCCAGACCAUCGCAUUAGAGCUCUCAUAAUGAAGAGAGCAAUGGAAUUCAUUGGCACACUACUGAGUUCCACCACAGCCCGCCCAGUGCAAAUGCCCCCUGGACUUUCAACUCUGCAAGAAGAGCUAGCAAAUAUCUGCGGCACUUUGCUCCGUCUUGUGACACACAACAGAAAUGUCUUUGGGGAAUAUUAUUCAGAUAUCAUCACCAACCACAUAAAGGCUAAGAAAGAAUAUGUUCAGUCAGCAGAUGACAAAGAACAGGUGGAAGAGAAGAAGGAAGGAGAGGAGGAGAAGGAGGAAGCCCAGCAGGAGGAAAAAGCCAAAAGUGAGGUAGAAGCAUAGUUCUGUGAUGGAAAUUAAUGGUUGAGUUUGUGUGAAAGGGAAGAAAUUGUGAAGUAAACAUGAAUGUACAGUUAUAUAUUAUAUGUACAUAUACAUUAGAUAAAUUCAUUUCAAGAUAAGCAUUAGUGUUCUAAGUAAAUUUUGAAUCUUAAACACAUGCUAGAAAAGGAUGAAUCUCAGAUCAGGUUAACAAUCAGUUUCCAAAAUAUACAAACAGGAAAAUAAUUGAAGUAUGAAAUGUACUCAUCUACUGAUUAAUGUAAAAGACUUAUUCAUAAUUGAUCUUGUAUAGUAAUAGAAAUAUGUUCAUUUUAGGCUUACUGUUUGUGGAAAUGUAAAACAAAGAAAUGAAAUCACACCAGGCACUCAAGAAAUUAAACAAAAACAGUUGCAUGAAAAAUAUAAAAGACACUUUCAUAGUACAUAUGUUUGAAAUUCUCACAGACCUUGAAAUUAAAGUGAGUGACAGAACAGGUUUACCUUCUAUUACGCAUAAUUAAAGUUACUUCUCAAUUACUUUUCAAUGUUUCUAAGUCCAUUGGUAGGCAUCCAAGGUGCAGUUCUCAAUUGCUAUGGUGCCUGAUGGAAUAUGAAUUUCCAACAACUGUCUGUAAGGGUCAUGCUUUGUGUUGAAGAAUGGUGGUCCAAACAUCCUGAACUAGAACAGAAUUGGCAAUGUUUUUUUAUUCUGCUGUAUUAUGAAGCAAUGUGCCAAGAUUGAAGAGGAAAAUGUGCUACAUGUGACAAGCUGAGUAGAAAAUUGUGUAGAUAUGCAAAUAUCAUUAAAAAAAAAUAUAUAAAAAGAAAACAAGAAAAAAUACAUAAAAGUCCAAUCCAAACUACCAGAAACACGAACACCCCAGUGCUAUGAAAAAAAGGUGUAGAAUUUAGAUCGGAAGAGAAGGAUAUAUAAAAAGUUUUUACCAUAUGUUAUGGGAAAAUAAACGUACGUAGAAAAUGAAACAAAAUAAUGUAUUAAAAAAGCAAUCAGUGAAUUUUCUGACAUGAUAGAAAAUAGUGGAAAAAUGCAUAUGUAGGAGUGCUUAAGUUCCUAUGUAUUAUUCUUACUAUUUAAUGUCGUCAUUAAUUAGGAUGGUGCAUUUCUGUUCAGCAGUCACAAAUGGAUGUGAGAAUAUCUCUGCUAGUACUGAGAAGGAUGCUUUGCUUCUUCAUUCCAUUGGAUAUAAAAUAAAAGAUAAAAAUUGAGGAAUGCUUAUUUAGGGGCUUUGACGGACUAUAUAUUCAUUCCUGUUUUUUUUUUAUUAUUUUAGGUUUACAUUUGAUGUGAAGUAAAAUUUUUCAGUUUUAUUUACGGUAUUCUGUAUUGUGUGUAUUGGAUAGCUUCUUGGAUUGUUUGUAUUAGUGAGAAUGAGGAUUUGGUGUAAUCUUAAGGAUAGGCAAGUUGUUGUACAGUAUUUUUAUAAUAUAGAAUCAUGUAUGCCCAUAUCUGGCCGGAGAUGGAGCAGACAUUAAUGCAAUAUUUUUAAGGUGGUUAAGCCUUGCAUAAUUUCCUUUUUUUAGUAACAGUGUACUAACAUAGUAUGUCUUUCAUAUUUAGUUUCUCAUAUCUUCUAAAAAUAUAAAUGUGAUAUUGUUAGUGAGGUGUCCACCCUAAAAAGGAAAUUGACCACAUUCUGUUCAUGGUGGACUGGCUGUAUGAAUGAUGUGUAGAGUAAACUUGAGUGUUGUGGUUUGUUAUGUGUAACAUGUCGACAGGUCUGCAAUCUCGUGAGGAUUUUCUUUUUUUCAUGGUAGCAGUCAAGGCAGGCUUUAAGGAAUACUUGUGCUCUCUGAGGGAUGAAGGCAACAAAACCUGAAAAAAAUAUUUGAAAUUCUGCUGAUAUAGGACAGCAUGAAGAAUUAUAAAAUUUUCUGGUGUGUAAAUUGACUAACCAUUAGUGCCUGUUACUGGCCUAUGUAUGUUUGUGUGUACAUAUUUGCAUACUUACAUACAUAUAUCUUUACAUACAUACAUACAUACACAUGUGAUUAAAGUAUAUACAUAUUUGUAUACAUGUACAUUCAAUAUAUGUAAAAUCAUACAUACAUGUAAUAACCAUGGUUAUGUUACGUAUACUCAAGAUCAUACUUAACAUUAAGAAAAUGGUAUGCCUUUGUCAUAAGGCAUAUGUUAAUUUUGAUAUGUCAGGCAGUAACACUCCUAUAACCUAGUCAAACUGUAUGAUGCAUUAAACUUCAGACAAACCUGGUAAAUUUGAUUGGAGAAAGUCCUGUACUGUUAUUGUGAUAUGAUUUGUGUAUUUACAACAUUUACAUUAAAGGAAAUUUUUCUUGUAGAAAAGUUCAGUCAUGGUAAGAGAAAUGAAUUGUAGUUGUGCAAAAGGAAGAGUGAAUAUCUCUGACCUUCAGAUAGCUUCAGUACAACAGAUCAACUUUAUAUAUUAUAAAGAUAGCUUCAGUACAACAGAUCUGUAAUAUAAAAUGCAGAUUUGUUUCAAAUACCAGUGUAAUGCAGUUAUGUUAAAUAUAUUAGACUGACUGCUAACAAGGGAACUCCUGAAAUUCCCUGCAAGAUCUGUAAACCUUUCAUCAGUAAUUUAAUCCCUAUCAUAUAUAGGCGGGGCAUGAACUAACUUUUAUGGCUUCAUUUAUAUAUUCUUAAAAUUACCUUGUCUUGUAACUAGAUGGGGUCACAGACUGUCAACUACUAAAGACAGGCAGAAUAAUCUAAAGCAGGCUAUAUUUUAACAUUAUUCAAAAACUAAAUCAUAAUGAAAGAGGAUGAGAAACUUGAAAAUGUAUUAUGUAUUUUAGAUACAAUACAGUGAGUCUCAACAAUACUUUAUGGAUCUGAUUUAUGUUCAUAUUUAUUUGUAAGUAGGCUUUUGCUGGUGGCUUACACUUGAUCUUUACAGAUGAAAAUAAAUAUAUUUUGAAAAAAACAAAAAACAAUGAGCAAGUGUACUGGAAGACUUCAUAAUGAUUUGCUUAGAAAUUCUUAUAUAUAUCUCAUGUAUGUUACUGUAACAUGAGUGAAAGGAUGAUGAUAAUUCAAAGGUGCAGUACUGUGUGUAGCAGUUGCUUUCACACUGACACUUUCUUCCUUUAUUUCAAUCAUAUCACUAUUUUUGUAAUCAUUAUAUGUAAGGUAAGUGAAUCCAGUUUUUAAAAAAACCAAACUUUGCAUUUUGUUAGUGUUCCAUGAGCACUAUAUUGAGCACAUAAAAUCAGGGUUGUUGAGUGAACAAUUAGUAUUCUGUUCAGAGUGCAUCUGUAUGUGUUUGCAACUAAGCAUGUAUAUACAUUUUGGUUAUGUUAUGUAGGAACAUAUUUUUUUUCUCAUCAUUAAAUCUUUCAUUUUAUACCAUUGUUCAUUUUGUGAAUCCUAUGGCCUUUUGUAAAUUUUUAUACCAGCAUGGGUGACUGUUUCCUUUUUUGUGGGAGUAAAUGGUAUAUAUAUGUAAAUUUAACCACCAUAUAAGAACUGAUACUUAACUAUAAAUAUAUGCAGUUCAACUUAUUAUGAACUUAUAAGUAAAGAACAAAAUAAAUGAAAAAAAAGUUU